GUUAAAUUUUUAGUCGAUUUACGUAGUGAUCUUAUUACAGUACUAUCACAUCCACAAUUAGUAUCGGAAAUGGGACCAUCAAGUAAAGUUUAUUUAAGAUUAUUAUCAUCACAAUUAUCCGAUUUACUUUCGCUAUGGUUUAAUGCCGGUUUUCUUCGUCUUGAACGUGUUACAUGGGAUUCACCUACAUCGAUUCUACAAAAAAUAACUGAAUAUGAAGCCGUACAUCCAAUACGUAAUUGGUUAGAUCUAAAACAUCGUCUUGGACUGUAUAGACGUUGUUAUAUGUUUUCACAUUCAUGUCUUCAAGGUGAACCAUUGGUUAUUUUACAUGUAGCAUUAGUGCCAUCGAUUUCAUCAUCUAUUCAGGAAAUAAUUCGGCGAACAAAUAUACAACAGGGUAAUGAUAAUGAUAUUCAAUCAAAAACAUCAAAUUUAUUGAAUGGAUUCGCUGAUGAUAAUAAACAUGAUGCAUUAAGUUCACCAAAAGAUGAUCCAACAUCACCAACAAUAACAACAAUGAUUAAUGGAAAAACAUUUAAAUUACAAUCAUUUUCACGUUCACCAAAAUUACAUCAACAAUUUGAAGAUCCUAAUCUUGUCGAUGCUGCUGUAUUUUAUUCAAUAUCAUCAACACAAAAAGGCCUGAAUGGUAUUGAUUUGGGUAAUCAAUUGAUUAAACAAGUUGCUGGCGGAUUGAAAGCUGAAUUUCCAUUAAUGACUAGAUUUAGUUCAUUAUCACCGAUACCAAAUUUUACUGAAUAUUUAUUAACAGCAAUACAGGCAAUACAACGACAAGAUGAUUCAAAAGGUUUUCGUAAAAUAUGGAUGCGUUAUUCAGAUUAUGAACGUCUUUGUGGUAUAUUAGCUGUUAAAGAUGAACAAACAUUUUGGAAUCGUUUAAUACAAUUAUUACGUUCAGGUAAUUGGAUAACUGAUCAAACAUUAGUUGAAUCAUUUCGUGAACCAUUAAUGCGUAUUUGUGCACAUUAUUUAUAUCAUGAAAAACGUCGUGGUUAUGCUUUAAAUCCAGUUGCAAAUUUUCAUAUGAAAAAUGGUGCCAUUAUGUGGCGAUUAAAUUGGCUAGCUGAUAUAUCAACACGUGGCCUUUCAAAUUCAUGCGGUAUGAUGGUUAAUUAUAGAUAUUUUCUAGAACGUCAUCAAGAAAAUAGCCAAAUCUAUAUGAAUGAAAAAAGAAUUAUAACUGGUGAUCAAUUUGAAAAAUGGUUACCAUAAUCAUUUUAUGAAUAAAUCAAACGGGAAAAUACAAUCAUAUCAUAUACUCCAACCGACCAAAACAAACCAACUACCACAAUCAUCCAAUUAUAAUCAUUGCCAUCAUUAUAAUAACAAAAUUUAUAUAUUCCU